ACAUGGUGCCGAUCAAAAACGCGCCAUAGAUAAUCGAUGGCUCAUCUUAAAUACAAAUGGCAUUUCCAUAUAUGUUACAACGAAACAACGCCGUUUUUUCUCCCACCCAACAACGACUGUACGGCCGUGUGAAUAUCAAUCCAUAACAAACCGCACUGCUGGAAGAGUCCGUACAGGUCACCACUUCAUUCCAUAACACUUGUUACAAGCUAAACCAAUAUACCUGCCUUAUAAAACCAGUUUCUAAGCUUUCAUGACCCACUAUGAUUCUGUUCUCAUAGCUCCAGGGCAAGCAGCCAUUGUUCACAGUUGAAACCGUCACCUUCUUACUACCGGUAUUCGGACUAAUAAUUUGCCGACACUCCACAGGCACGCGAGACCUCACCUUCCCUACCAACCAAUUCACAAUAACAAGACUGGCCAUGUCAAGGCUACUCUGCAUCGGAUUCCUAUUAUCCUUAAUCCUCACAGUAACAUUAGCAUCGACUGGUGAUCAGAGGCCACAAUAUAGAAACUGUGUAUCAGAUUGUUCUGAUAAAUAUUGCCCAACAGAGUUACAAUUAUGCCUUCGCGCAACGUUUUGGACAUGCCAACAAAACUGUCAAUACCAUUGCAUGCAAGAAAUAACCCGACAAGCCAUCCAAAAUGGUGAGGAGGUGCAUCAGUACCAUGGAAAAUGGCCUUUCCAUCGCCUAUUUGGGAUCCAAGAGCCUGCCAGUGUUAUCUUCUCCAUGCUCAACGGUUGGAUGCACUACAAGUACCUACCUGUCAUUCAAAAACAGAUACCGAGCUCGUAUCCGCUUAAAAAGCUGUACAUUGCCUGGUGUAUCAUUGGUAUCAACACGUGGGUGUGGAGCACGGUGUUUCAUAUACGAGACUUCCCGUUGACUGAAAAACUAGACUACUUCAGCGCAGGAUUUGGUAUUCUCUACUCGUUGUACUACGCCAUCAUCCGACUCUUCUACGUACGAAACGCACUCAUCAUCAAAGGUCUUACUGCGGUGUUUGCCUUGAUGUUCCUUGCUCAUGUCAGCUAUUUGUCGUUUGUCCGAUUUGAUUAUGGGUACAACAUGCUCGCCUGUAUCAUUAUCGGCUCCAUUCAAACCAAUCUCUGGUUGUGGUGGUCUAUAUUGCAGUACACGCCAUGGGGAGACAAACAGAGACGCCCGUACGCUUGGCUCGCUGGAUUUUCUGUCAUAGCCAUAAGCUGUGCCAUGGCCCUAGAGGUCUUUGACUUUCCACCAUGGUUCGGCGUCAUCGAUGCCCAUAGUUUAUGGCACGCAACGACCAUUCCAUUGGUGGCAGUGUGGUACACCUUUUUGUUGAAGGACACCAGCUAUGAACUGACAUUAGGGAAUGUUCGAGGAUCAAAUAAAAGAAUGGCCUAGCGUCUUCCUUUUUUUAUUUUUUAUUCGUACUCUAUAAUAAUACAGCCCCUUUUCAAUGUGUACGGUAUGUUGUUGCAUUAUAGUCAUACAGAAUUGCCAAAAGUUUAAAGUAAAUAUACCUUUCGCUUGGUUUGAAAAUUGUUUUCAUC